AUGGCCAAGCGACCCGACCUUUCCGAACGGCAGAUCAGCUGGGUUCCUGCCCCGGCAUCCCGUAUCCUCGAUGAGGAAGACAUUUUUGAUGAAAAUGGCAUUCCUCUCGUCAACGUGCUCUGCCAGCACUUCAAGCGCGAAGGUCGCCUGACGGAUCGCGCCGCCAUCCGCAUUCUUGAUGAUGUGGCUGAUGUCAUGCGCAAGGAGCCCAAUGUCUUGCAAGUCCCGGCCCCCGUCGUCAUCGUUGGCGACAUUCACGGCCAGUUUUAUGACCUGAUGAAGGUGUUUUCCGUUGGCGGUGAUCCCGCAACAACCAAGUACCUCUUCCUCGGUGACUACGUGGACCGUGGCUACUUUUCGCUCGAGUGUGUCCUAUACAUCUGGUCACUCAAGCUCAAGUACCCAGGGAACUUUUGGCUUUUGCGUGGCAACCACGAGUGCCGUCAUUUGACCGAGUUCUUUACCUUCCAAACCGAGGUCGGCUACAAGAACUCGCUCUCCGUCUAUGACGCCUGCAUGAACAGCUUCGACUGUCUUCCCAUCGCAGCCAUCAUGAACAAGCAGUUCUUCUGUGUCCACGGUGGAAUUUCACCCGAAGUCUCCAAGGUGGAAGACAUCAACUCGCUGGAUCGCUUCAACGAGCCUGACGAGAGUGGCGCGCUGUGUGAUUUACUAUGGGCUGACCCCCACGAUCGCUUCGAUGAGGACUUGGGUGACACGGCAUUCCAACACAACGAGACUCGCGGUUGCAGCUACUACUACACGCACAAGGCUGUCUGCAGCUUCUUGGAACGCAACGAGCUGCUGUCCGUUAUCCGCGCUCACGAAGCGCAGGAUGCUGGCUACCGCAUGUACAAGCCCAAUCCCUCAACAGGCUUUCCCUCAGUCAUCACCCUCUUCUCCGCACCAAAUUAUCUCGACGUCUAUGGCAACAAGGCGGCCGUCAUGAUUUACGCCAACAACUCCAUGAACAUUAAAAAGUUUUCCGCUUCUGAACACCCUUACUGGUUGCCCAAUUUUAUGGAUGUGUUCACCUGGUCCCUUCCCUUUAUCGGUGAAAAGACGACGGAAAUGCUCGAGCAUCUCAUGAACGUGUGCAGUGCAGAGGAGCUGGCACAGACUAACACAGAGGUGGAUGAACUGGCUGACAAGAUGAAGAAGGCUAUGUCGCGCGUCAAGACCCGACGCCAAUCCUACAGUGAGGUGAACGAGCUGAACCGCAAAGCCCUCAGCAUGGCUGGUGCCGCGAGCCCGACUGGCGAGGCUCCCUCGGAGGAAGUCAUCGAGACGGCCAAGCAAACAUUCGAGGGCGUGCGCAGCCUGGAUCGUGCCAACGAGUCCCGACCUCGUCGCGACUCAGUCAACAAGGCUCGCGUCUUCCGACGACGCCAGACUCUCGAGCAAGUCGAAUAG